GAGUAAAAAAAAAAGAUAGAAAGAGUGACUGGAGCAGAGAAAGAGAGGGAGGACGCUGUAGUUUAGUCUCCGCGAAGCUGCUGUCGACAGGGAAAGAAGUUUGACUCAAAGGCGAAGCUACUGGUUGUUGUUAGCCACCCGCUCUGAAGGCACCCAAAAAAGCAGCUGCCAUGUCCGCCGCAGACAAGUUCCUGUACGUGGACCGCAAUCUGGUCAACAACCCCCUGGCACAGGCCGACUGGGCCACCAAGAAGCUGGUAUGGGUGCCGUCAGAGCGCCUGGGCUUCGAGGCCGGCUCAGUGAAGGAGGAGCGCGGCGACGAGUGCACGGUCGAGCUGGCAGACUCUGGGAAGAAGGUCAGGGUGAACAAGGAUGACAUCCAGAAGAUGAACCCGCCCAAGUUCAGCAAGGUGGAGGACAUGGCCGAGCUCACCUGCCUGAACGAGGCCUCUGUGCUGCACAACCUGAAGGAGAGAUACUACUCUGGUCUCAUUUAUACGUACUCUGGUCUCUUCUGUGUCGUCAUAAACCCCUACAAGAACCUGCCCAUCUACUCAGAGGAGAUUGUUGAAAUGUACAAGGGCAAGAAGAGGCAUGAAAUGCCACCUCAUAUCUACGCCAUAACUGACACAUCUUACAGAAGCAUGAUGCAGGACCGUGAAGACCAGUCCAUUCUUUGCACAGGAGAGUCUGGUGCUGGUAAGACAGAGAACACCAAGAAAGUCAUCCAGUAUCUGGCUCACGUGGCCUCCUCUCACAAGACCAAGAAAGACCAGACAAGCUCGGUCCUGUCACAUGGGGAGCUGGAGAAGCAGCUGCUGCAGGCUAACCCCAUCCUCGAGGCCUUUGGAAACGCCAAGACCGUCAAAAACGACAACUCGUCCCGAUUCGGAAAAUUCAUCAGGAUCAACUUUGAUGUCAACGGUUACAUCGUUGGUGCCAAUAUUGAAACUUACUUGUUGGAGAAAUCCCGUGCCAUUCGCCAGGCGAAAGAAGAGAGGACCUUCCACAUCUUCUACUACCUGCUCACAGGGGCCGGAGAUAAACUGCGCAAUGAACUCCUCCUUGAAAAUUACAACAACUACCGUUUCCUCUCCAACGGGAACGUUACGAUUCCUGGGCAGCAGGACAAGGACCUGUUCACAGAGACCCUGGAGGCCUUCAGGAUCAUGAGCAUCCCAGAGGAGGAGCAGAUGGGCUUGUUGAAGGUGGUGGCUUCUGUUCUGCAGCUCGGGAACAUGACCUUCAAGAAGGAGCGCCACACGGACCAGGCAUCCAUGCCCGACAACACCGCUGCCCAGAAGGUGUGCCACCUCAUGGGCAUGAAUGUCACAGACUUCACCCGGGCCAUCCUGUCACCCAGGAUCAAGGUGGGCAGAGACUACGUGCAGAAGGCGCAGACCCAGGAGCAGGCAGAGUUUGCUGUGGAGGCCCUCGCCAAGGCCACGUAUGAGAGGAUGUUCCGCUGGCUCGUCAUGAGGAUCAACAAAGCCCUGGACAAGACCAAGAGGCAGGGAGCCUCCUUCAUCGGCAUCCUAGAUAUCGCUGGCUUUGAGAUCUUUGAGCUGAACUCAUUCGAGCAGCUGUGCAUCAACUACACCAACGAGAAGCUGCAGCAGCUCUUCAACCACACCAUGUUCAUCCUGGAGCAGGAGGAGUACCAGAGGGAGGGCAUCGAGUGGAGCUUCAUCGACUUCGGCCUCGACCUGCAGCCCUGCAUCGACCUCAUCGAGAAACCAGCCAGCCCCCCUGGUAUCCUCGCUCUGCUGGAUGAGGAGUGCUGGUUCCCAAAAGCCACAGACAGGAGCUUUGUGGAGAAGGUUGGCCAGGAACAGGGCUCUCACCCCAAGUUCUUCAAGCCCAAGAAACUGAAGGAUGAAGCAGACUUCAGCAUCAUUCAUUAUGCUGGCAAGGUGGACUACAAGGCAGACGAGUGGCUGAUGAAGAACAUGGACCCCCUGAAUGACAACGUGGCUUCACUGCUGAACAUUUCCACUGACAAGUUUGUGUCUGAGCUCUGGAAGGACGUGGACCGCAUCGUAGGUCUGGAUAAGGUGUCCGGCAUGUCCGAUAUGCCCGGUGCCUUUAAGACUCGUAAGGGCAUGUUCCGCACAGUGGGACAGCUGUACAAAGAGCAGCUGUCCAAGCUCAUGGCCACUCUGAGGAACACAAACCCCAACUUUGUUCGCUGCAUCAUCCCCAACCACGAGAAAAAGGCUGGUAAACUGGAUCCCCACCUGGUUCUGGACCAGCUGAGAUGUAAUGGUGUGCUGGAGGGGAUCCGUAUCUGCAGACAGGGCUUCCCCAACCGCAUCGUCUUCCAGGAGUUCAGACAGAGGUAUGAAAUCCUCACUCCUAAUGCCAUCCCCAAGGGCUUCAUGGAUGGAAAGCAGGCCUGCAUGCUCAUGAUCAAAAGCCUGGAGCUGGAUCCCAACCUGUACCGGAUCGGCCAGAGCAAAGUUUUCUUCAGAGCAGGAGUCCUCGCUCACCUGGAGGAGGAGAGGGACAUGAAGAUCACUGACAUCAUCAUCACCUUCCAGGCCUGGUGCCGAGGCAACCUGGCCCGCAGGGCUUUCCACAAGAAACUGCAGCAGCAGACCGCAAUGAAGGUGAUCCAGAGAAACUGCUUGGCUUAUCUCAAACUCAAAAACUGGCAGUGGUGGAGACUCUUCACCAAGGUGAAGCCUCUGCUGCAAGUCAGCAGGCAGGAGGAGGAGAUGCAGGCCAAGGAUGAGGAGCUGAUGAAGGUGAAGGAGAGGCACGUGCAAACUCAGCAGCAGCUGCAGGAGAUGGAGGAAAAACAACUCCAGCUCUGUGCCGAGAAGAAUGCCCUGCAGGAGCAGCUUCAGGCAGAAGCGGAGCUCUGUGCCGAGGCCGAGGAGAUGAGAGCCCGUCUGGCUGCCAAGAAGCAGGAGCUGGAGGAGAUCCUCCAUGACCUGGAGGCCCGUGUCGAGGAGGAGGAGGAGCGUGCCUCUCAGCUCACGAGUGAGAAAAAGAAGAUGCAGCAAAAUAUCAAAGACCUGGAGCAGCAGCUGGAUGAGGAGGAGGCCGCCAGACAGAAGCUCCAGCUGGAGAAGGUCACUCUGGAUGCCAAGAUGAAGAAGAUAGAGGAGGAUGUCAUGGUUCUGGAUGACCAGAACAACAAACUCAACAAGGAGAAGAAGCUGCUGGAGGAUAGGAUCUCCGAGUUUACCACCAACCUGGCCGAGGAGGAGGAGAAAUCCAAGAGUCUGCAGAAACUCAAGACCAAACAUGAGGCCAUGAUCACAGACCUGGAGGACCGCCUGCGCAGGGAAGAGAAGCAACGCCAAGAGCAGGAAAAGGGCCGACGAAAGUUGGAUGGCGACAUCAACGAGAUACAAGACCAGGUCGCUGAGCUGCAGGCCCAGAUCGCCGAGCUCCGUGCCCAACUAGCGAAGAAAGAAGAAGAGCUCCAAGCAGCUCUGGCCAGAAUCGAGGAGGAGGCAGCGCAGAAGAACUUGGCCCAGAAAAAAAUCCGUGAGUUGGAGGCCCAGCUCUCCGAACUGCAGGAAGAUUUGGAGCUGGAGAGGCAGGCCCGCACCAAGGCAGAGAAACACCGCAGGGACCUGGGCGAGGAGCUGGAGGCCCUUAAGACGGAGCUAGAGGACACUCUGGACAGCACCGCCGCUCAGCAGGAACUCAGGGCCAAGCGAGAGACCGAGGUGACCCAGCUGAAGAAGACUCUGGAAGAUGAGGUCAAAUGUCGCGAAAUGCAGCUGAGUGAUAUAAGACAGAAACACAGCCAGGCUUUCGACUCGGUCAAUGAGCAGCUAGAGCAGGCCAAGAGGAACAAAGUGUCCAUGGAGAAGGCCAAACAGGCUCUGGAGUCGGAGAGGAACGAGCUGACCAUCGAGCUGCAGACACUGGUGCAGGCUAAAGGAGAAUCGGAGCACCGCAGGAAGAAAGCUGAAACCCUGUACGCCGAGCUGCAGCUCAAACAUGCAGAGAGCGAGCGCCAGAGGAUGGAGCAGGCCGAAAAAAUGGCUAAAAUGCAGGCUGAACUGGAAAGUGUGAAUGCCCUGCUGAGUGAGGUGGAGGGAAAGUCUAUCAAGGCAACAAAAGACUUCUCUGCUGUCGAGUCCCAGCUGCAGGAUGUUCAGGAACUACUCCAGGAAGAGACGCGCCAGAAACUGUCUACAGGCACACGUCUGCGCACGAUGGAGGAUGAACACAACAGACUGCGAGAGCAGCUGGAGGAAGAGGAAGAAUGCAGGAGGAACGUGGAGAGGCAGCUGCAAAACACUCAGUGUCAGCUCGCUGACAUGAAGAAGAAGGUGGAGCAGGACGCCAGCUGUCUGGAGAGCUCAGAGGAGGGGAAGAAGAAGCUCCAGAGGGACAUGGACGCCAUCAGCCAGCGUCUGGAGGAGAAAUGUGCUGCCUACGACAAGAUGGACAAAACCAAGACUCGUCUCCAGCAAGAGUUGGACGACCUGCUGGUUGACCAGGACCACCUCCGACAGAUCGUCUCCAACCUGGAGAAGAAGCAGAAGAAGUUUGACCAGAUGCUGGCAGAGGAGAAGAACAUUUCUGCCCGUUACGCAGAGGAGCGUGACUGCGCUGAAGCCGACGCCCGUGAGAAGGAGACCCGGGCUCUGACUCUGAACCGAGAGCUCGAUUCUCUGAUGGACAUCAAGGAAGAAUUGGACCGCAACAACAAACUGCUGCGGGCUGAGAUGGAGGACCUGGUUUCCUCAAAGGACGACGUCGGCAAGAAUGUCCACGAACUGGAGAAGGGCAAACGUGCGUUGGAGCAGCAGCUGGAGGAGAUGAAGACUCAGCUGGAGGAGCUGGAGGACGAGCUGCAGGCCACAGAAGACGCCAAACUGCGGCUGGAGGUCAACAUGCAGGCCAUGAAGGCUCAGUACGAGAGAGACCUGGCAGGACGGGACGAGAUGGGUGAGGAGAAGAAGAGGGCGCUGACCAAACAGGUGCGGGAGAUGGAGAUGGAGCUGGAGGACGAGAGGAAGCAGCGCUCUGGAGCCGUGGGCGCACGCAAGAAGCUGGAGCUGGACCUGAAGGAGCUGGAGGCCGGCAUCGACAUGGCCAACAAGAACCGGGACGAGGCCCUGAAGCAGCUGAAGAAACUCCAGGCUCAGAUGAAGGAUCUCAUGCGGGAGCUGGAAGAUUCUCGCAUGUCCAGAGACGAGAUCCUCGCUCAGAGCAAGGAGACGGAGAAGAAGCUGAAGAGCAUGGAGGCCGAAAUGAUCCAGAUGCAGGAGGAGUUGGCAUCUGGGGAGCGAAUGAAGAGGCAGGCCCAGCAGGAGAGAGACGAGCUGCAGGAUGAGAUUAACAACCAGGCCACCAAGAAUGCUCAGGUUGUAGAGGAGAGGAGGCGGCUGGAGGCUCGUAUCGCUCAGCUGGAGGAGGAGCUGGAGGAGGAGCAGUGCAACACCGAGUUGAUCAACGACAGGUUGAAGAAAUCGAUGCUGCAGGCUGACCAGAUGAAUGUGGAGCUCACGGCAGAGCGCAGCACCUGUCAGCGUGUGGAAGGAGCUCGCAACGCUGACCGUCAGAACAAGGAGCUGAAACUGAAGCUGCAGGAGCUCGAGGGAGCCGUCAAAUCCAAGUACAAGGCCAGCAUAGCCGCCCUGGAGGCGAAGAUCGGUCAGCUGGAGGAGCAGCUGGACAUAGAGACCAGGGAGAGGCAGGGUGCCACCAAGCUUGUGAGACGCACAGAGAAGAAACUGAAGGAGAUCAUCCUGCAGGUGGAAGACGAGAGACGCAACACGGAGCAGUACAAGGACCAGGUCGACAAGUUGAACUCUCGCAUGAAGCAGCUGAAGCGUCAGCUGGAGGAGGCUGAGGAGGAGGCGCAGAGAGCCAACGCCAACCGAAGGAAACUGCAGAGGGAGCUGGAGGACGCCACAGAGUCGGCGGACGCCAUGAACCGUGAAGUCAGCUCCCUCAAGAGCAAGCUCAGACGUGGCGACCCUCCCUUCAUGCGCCGCAUCGUUACCCGCGUUUCCAACGAAAGCGAUGAGGAGGCGGAGGCAAAGACCCCCGAGAACCCCGAGCCGCAGCCCGAGUGAUCCGCCACGGUGCCGCUCCGCUCCGCAGAGCUGCAUCACACAUCAGACCGAUCCAAAUUCACACACGAGCUCACAUUACUGUACCUACUGAACAGAGAGGAACAACUUUAUCACUGACAAUCUAUGCAUUCUUAACACACACACACACACACACACACACACACACACACACACACACACGCAGACGCCAGUAAACUCGGACAAUCGCCAUGCUGACAAACACACACACAUUAUUUUUUGGGCCAAAUUUUUGCUUCAUUUUUUCAUUCUCUGGGAAAAAGAAAAACAAAAGAUAUUUUUGUAACGUUCCAAUUGUGAAAGUCCUGAUUCAGGAUCUAUUUUUCUAAUUGAAGAAAGAGAAAACAGAGAGAAGUAAACAUAAAUGAAGACCGAUUACUGGAAGGGGACCAAAGUUAAUAUCUCAAUCUAUAGAAUUGUAUUUUAUGCAGAUUUUUUUUUAUAAUGGUUAAGAAUGGAAGUGCUUUAUUCUGCUCGCGCUCUCGCUUCAGUUUAUAAUGAAGGUUUAUAUGCGGAAAUGUAUUCUAUCAGUUUAGCUGCAGUUAGUACUCGUGACUAUGCUUUUGGGCUUGAUCAUGUAACUCACACAAACACACACACACACACACACACACUUCUUGUAAGGCAGAUUCACACGAUUGGAGACUCAUUGACGCAUACUGAAGGCAUUUGAUUGUGACCGUGCUGAAAUUUAAUUUUGCACUGAGAUAAAAAAAAAAACAAAAACAUUUUAGCCUUGACAUUAUAAACCACUGCAUUUGUGUGACCGUUUCAAAAAGACGGCGCACAUUUAGUAAGACUGCCAACACACACUAAAGCCUUAAAAUGCAGCUGGAUUCUUCUGGACGGGGUUCGUUGGCUUUUUGUGGUCAUGCAUUGAUUAUUUUUUUUCAUUUAUCACUAUCAGUGUUUUGUGUUUUUGAAGGUUAAACGGGGUGAUGGGUGUCUAUUACUCACAGCACACACUGUAUUCUCAGAGCACAGCUUGUUGAAGGAGGAGGAGGAGGAGGUUCUUCAUCACUGACCUGCGCACACCACACUGACCAUACUUCGCUCCAGGUUAACCCCUCGCUGGCUGUGCUCGGGGGCUGCUUUCGGCUCACACUGCUGGGAAGUGAGAGGAAUGUGUUGUCAAGAAUAACGGCUCAUAAUUAAAAAGAUCAAACUUAGAAAAACAAACAAAGGAAAUCCAAAAAAACAGAAAAACUGCAUCUUCUCGAUUCUUUUGUAAUGUUUGUCUGUCUGCACCUCUGGAAUGGAAAUCAUGUUGUGAAAUGUUGGUAUUAUUGCAAUUAAAGAGGCUUUCUAAACUGCUA